AUGGCAGGAUUCUGGACGUGGAGUUUCCAGGCGCUCAGAGAAACAGGAACCUGUGUCCUGGAGAUUUACACUGGUUGCUAUGGUAACUAUGGCACAGCUCAGAACCGGGAUACUCGAAUUUACCGUCCGGGUCGACAGAUGAGGCGUCCGGGUCGACAGAUGAGGCGUCCGGGUCGACAGAUGAGGCGUCCGGGUCGACAGAUGAGGCGUCCGAAGCAGAACUGCUCGUACCACUCAGUCCUGGAGCACAUUCAGUUGAGCAAGAAGUCGGACCUGUUCACACUGAGCCGCCCCGUGUGGAACCACACCAAACCCACAGACGUGCUGCUGGACAUCAUCGUCUACGCCAUCCUGGACGUGAGAGAAAUCGACCAGACCAUGGUCUCCUACGUGUGGACCGUACAGAUUUGGCCAAAUGACUUCAUUCGCUGGAACCGUGAUGACUUCUGUGGGAUCGAGUGGGUCUCCAUUCCCGUCGAUAAACUGUGGACACCUGAUAUCACCAUAGAGGAAAUGACGGAGAAGGACAAGUCCACCCCGAGUCCAUUUAUCUAUAUAAAAAACAACGGCUCUGUGGCCUACAAGAACGACCAGGUGAUCAUCAGCACCUGCCGGCUGCACAUCUACAAGUUUCCCUUCGACACCCAAAGGUGCAACCUGUCGUACAGAUCGGUGCUGCUGGAUGACAAAGAGCUCAGUCUUCGGUCGUUUAACUCAACGGAGACAACACAGUGGUCUCUGGACGUCAUGAGGACUCAGUACGAGUGGAUCUUCAGGAACGUCACCGUCACCAAGUCCAAAGUGAACCCUUUCGGCUACGAUCAGGACAUGAUCACCUACACCAUCCUGAUGGAGCGUCGUUCCAUCCUCUACAUCGCGAACUUCAUCCUCCCGGUUCUGUUCUUCUUGGUGUUGGACUUUGCUUCGUUCCUGAUCUCGGACUCUGGAGGAGAGAAGUUGGGUUUUAAGGUCACUGUGCUCCUCGCCGUGACGGUGAUGCAGCUUCUGCUCAACGAGAUUUUACCUGCGUCGUCCAAUCGGAUUCCUCUGAUCGCCGUCGGUCAAAGGUCAUCUCUCUCUCUGAUGCUCCUCAGCCUCCUGGAGUCCAUCCUGGUCCUGUAUCUGAUCAACCGAGACCAGAGACCGGACCAGGACCAGAGCGCCUCCUACAGGCCGCUCCAAGAUCCUCAGUGCGGAUCUCAUCCACCCCCGGAGCCACCGAUGAGCUUUAACCACCUGACUCCCCCGAGUGUCCAAGACACACAGCCGGAGAUCAGAGCCUGUCGUCCGGUCGUCGAGGCUCCCGCCUUCGACUGCCACCCACAUCUCUGUGGCUCCUCAUGGAUCCUCCUGCGGGUGGUGGGUCCACAGGAGGACGGCCCCACGUCGCUCCUUGGGCUGAGCCCUGUCGGGCCCCAUGGGGAAGGUGCUCCAGGGUGGGGCUCCGAUGUGCUCCGUUUGACUCGAGGUUUGGUUCCUCUGGAGUUCAUCACAGAAAAGGGGGAGGUUUCAGAGCAGGUUCUGAGUUCUCUGCUGAAUCAUCUCCAGCAGAACCAGACCCAGGAGGAGGCUGAGGGCUACUGGACCAGGAAGUCUGUGACCAUCCACAGAGUGUUCUUCAUCUUCUACCUGACCUCCGCCCUGAGCUUCCUGGGGGGGAUCUUCUACAUGUGGACCAGCCCCAGUAUCAAAUGA